AAAAGUCAAGCAAACGUCACUGACGAAUUGACUUUGACGGUGGUUCCGCGUAUUCGUCGACGUUAAAACAGUGUGAUAAAAAUAAGUUAAUAUUUUAACUGAAUAAUAUAACUGAAAUGUAUUCAACGUCAUUCAUUUAAGUGGUGCCUUUCGGCAGACAAACUUCGGGUAGGGAUUAAACCGCACGAACAAACUGUUUACGUUAGCAAACUAAAGAACCGUAAACUAAGGAAAGUAAGAAAGAAUCGGAGGUGAAAGUUUGUCUAAAAUGUUUUGUGCUAAAUCGUGAAGAUAUGCUAGUUGAUAUAGCAUAUAAUUAAGUUAAAUUAAAAUAAAAUUGGCACCUUACUGUAUAUUCAUAAUUUUAAGUUUGAAAAUAACUAAAAUUGUAGUAUCCGUGUUUUGAAAACUCGUUAUUAAAUUAUUAUAAAUGGCUUUAAAAAUGGAACCAAAGAGUGACCUAGAGUUUAUCUUGAGGAAUUUAUUGGCAGGGGGUGUAGCGGGUAUGUGUUCUAAAACUGCAGUGGCUCCGUUAGACAGAAUAAAGAUCCUCCUUCAAGCGCAAUCUGUGCAUUACAAACAUCAUGGGGUAUUUAAAGGACUGAUGGCAAUUGUCAAACAGGAGUCCAUAUUUGCUCUAUACAAGGGAAAUGGUGCUCAAAUGGUUCGGAUAUUCCCAUAUGCGGCAACACAAUUUACAAGUUUUGAAAUUUACAAGAAGUACCUUAGCGUGAUAAACAUCCCGAUGGUACAACACGGGGAUAAGUUCGUAGCGGGCGCUGCGGCUGGCGUCACAGCUGUCACGCUCACAUACCCGCUCGAUACGAUACGAGCGCGCCUCGCCUUCCAAGUGACCGGCGAGCACCGCUACACCGGCAUCGCUAAUACCGCCAUUACCAUGUUCCGCACGGAGGGCGGUAUACAUGCGCUAUACCGCGGCUUCGUGCCGACCAUGAUGGGUAUGAUCCCAUACGCCGGCUUCAGCUUCUACUGCUUCGAGUCGCUUAAGUACCUCUGUAUGAAGUACGCGCCCACCACACUCUGCAGGAAGUGCGACAGGAAUACAGGUGGUCUGGUGCUGACGGUGCCGGGUAAGCUGGUGUGCGGGGGGCUGGCGGGUGCGGUGGCGCAGUCCGUGUCCUAUCCGUUGGAUGUGACGCGCCGCCGCAUGCAGCUCGCCUGCAUGGACCCCAACACCGCCAAGUUUGGAAGCGCGGGUAUGAUCAAAACAUUAACUUUGAUAUACCGAGAGAACGGUGUCACCAAAGGCCUGUAUCGCGGCAUGAGCAUCAACUACCUCAGAGCCAUUCCAAUGGUCGCCACUUCAUUCUCCACAUACGAGCUCAUGAAGCAGCUACUCCAACUGGACACGGGCAUGAGCGUCGCGUAGAUGUUUAUAGUCAAAUUUACAUAUCUGACCCGGUGGCCAUAACUGACUCUAAAUGACAAUACCUCAUUGACGCAAAUCUGUCAAUGUCAAAAAAAUGACACAAAAUUCUCAUCGGACUGUAUUUGUCUUGACCUAAGUAUAUUUUCCGAUAUAGUUUUGCGAACCGGGCCAGAUGAUAUUAUCCUAUUUUAUUUUUAAUAGAAAAAUAUACCAAGCUAACAAAAAACUACCAAUUGGUAGGUAAUAUAUUAAAGGGUAUUACUAAUAGUGUAAAGUCUCUGUUCUUCUAUAAUUUAUGGUCUGCAGAUACAUGACGUCAGUAUCAGUAUUUGUAAAGGUAUUCCUCAAAUACGCUAUUAGCUUGUUUAUAUAUUACCUGGUUGAACUAAUUUUACACAGAAA